ACGAGGAGGAGGAGAAAGAGGAGGAGGAGGACACAAACCGUCGACAUCACAAACGAUUGAUUCAAAGAAUCAAUGUGAAGAAUCGGUGAAGUCUCGGGAGGCGAAGUGCUGCCGCCAUCUUUGAGCUGCACGGAGAACUACCGGGCAAAGCAUCGGCGACAUACACGUGUUCCUCACUGAGCCGGGAGCGGUUACGUCAUAGUCGUGGCCGGAAGGCAACUCUGAUCAUCAGCUACAAUAUCUACGAAGCGUCUCGGAGAUGAAGAGAACCCGCCGCUAACGGUUUAGCUUCAUCCUCCUGCUCGCCGCUGGGCUUAUCUUCUGCCACCGAUGCAGCAUGAAAGCAUGGUGGGAUUUGCGGGUAGACUAGAGCACACGCGAUGGCUCCCCGACCGCUGACUAUCUGGAGCCCAACCUCGGCCCAAUGCGCCCAGUAGCCCCGGCAAACCAGUCUGGACUGGAAUGUCUGCUGAUGGGAGCAUCGGUCAUACUUCAGCGCUUGUUCCUGAAAACUUGAAUAUUCCCCUUUCGCUGGUCACAUCAGUCGGAGAAGGUCAGCUCCGUCCCGAGAGUUCCCCAGAGUGUGUUUGUGUUGCAUAACCAUCGAGGUUGAUGGAGCGUGAGAAUCGUAUCCUCCGGUGUCUCGUAGACGUUUGUUUUUUUUCAGGGCAGCUGAGAAUGCUGGAGUUGUGUGACCCAGAGUAGAGACAUUACAUGGUUUACUCUAUAGGAGUGUGAUGAGAGCUGCAGGCUUCCUCCUCCAACAUCUCCCUAAGUCUGUUCUUUAACUUGUUCUGGUCGAUGCUCAUUAGCAAACGCCCUAAAGGGCUCGAGACGCGUGGGAUGCUACUACUCGCUCAGCGUUAGUCCUACUUCAUGACUUCAUGACUGCGUGAACUGUCACUUUAACUAAUUUGCAGAAUGCUUAAUUAAAGGUUGAAUGUCUGAUGACACCAGACCUGUGAAAGUGGACAACGAGCCUGACGACCGACUGCGGUCUUCUCGCUCCGAAAGAGGAACUCCAGAGAACCGUGACAUUUGGGACUCAACAGUGCGUCUCGGUUCUCAGGUGGCGAUCAAGUCGAUCCGCAAAGAGCGCAUCACGGACGACCUGGACAGGGUUCACAUCCAGAGAGAGAUCGAGAUCACGGCCUCGCUGAAGCACCCCAACAUCGUACGCUUCCACGAGGUGUUCGAGAGCCGGGACAAGAUCGUGAUCGUGAUGGAGUACGCCAGCAGGGGGGAGCUGUACGACUACGUCCAGGAGAGGAGGCGACUGCCGGAGUCCGAAGCCAGAAGUAUCUUCAGGCAAAUCGUAUCCGCCGUCCACUACUGCCACAAGAACGGUGUUGUGCAUCGAGACCUCAAGCUGGAGAACAUCCUCUUGGAUCAAGACUUCAACGUGAAGCUGGCUGACUUUGGCCUUUCCAAUCACUUCCAGAGGGGCAGUCUGCUGCAGACGUACUGUGGAAGUCCGCUCUAUGCUUCCCCAGAGAUAGUGAAAGGACUGCCCUACCAGGGGCCCGAGGUGGACUGCUGGGCCCUGGGGGUGCUGCUCUACGCCCUGGUGUACAGCAGCAUGCCGUUCGAUGGCGCCGGCCACGCCGCGCUCACGGAGCACAUCAGCCAAGGCCGCUACCGCAGACCCGACCCCCCCUCAGACGCCUGCGCUCUCAUCGACUGGCUGUUGGCGGUGCGCGUGGACGAAAGGGCCACUGUCGAGGACGUGGCCAACCACUGGUGGGUGAACUGGGGCUUUGAAGAGAGUGUGUGCGACUGCCCUUCGUCUCCACACCAAGAGUGCCCCUCCCCCCUGCUGGCUCGCUACAUCGACUGGCAGAGUCGGGUUGCGGCGACCAGCAACAUGGCCGUCGACCCGGCAUGCCCGUCCUCAGACGCCUCCUGCCUGCCCCAGCCCUUUUGCUUCAGCUUACCUCUGCAGAGUGAUCGUGGAGGAGGAGGAGGAGGAGGAAGGGUACGAGGGGGAAUGUCAAGCCUGAGGAAGUCACGCAAGGAGAACACAAUUCCCCAGACUUCACUGGGAGCUUGUGGCGGCGUUUGUGCUGCAGCUGCCUCCUCCGGUGGGAUUUCCUCCGCUUCCACCAGUGAGAGAAAGAAACCCAAAAGUAUCCUGAAACCCCAGAGGAGCUUUGACUCCGUCUUUCCCAGCGCUGCUAAAGAAAACCCCUCCUCCCAACCCGGUCCCGCGGCUCCCCAAACUUACCGAACGCAUCAUGCCGAUGUGCUGUCCACCGGCCCGCCACCUCCCUCUACCUUCAGUCAACCCUCGUCCAAAAUGCCCAAGAAGGGGAUACUGAAGAACCAGUGUGGAGGGGGGUCGGGUCGCGGCUCAACCUCCGACGGGGGGACCUCUGAGGUAAAAGCCGGGGGGGGUGCAGGAGAUCUGUGCUCCCGCAAACAGCCCCCGUGUCUCCCAGCGGCAGGAGACAGCGGCGCCACGCAAGCCGAGGCGGCGAGAAGAAGGAAGGGGAUCCUGAAGCGCAACGGCAAGUUCUCUCGUAGUCUCGAUCUCCCCGACGAGCUCCGCUCGGCCCCCGCGACGUUCCCCGAGGCCCUGCAGCAGCUCCUCCGGGGCGCCAGGGGGCGCCGCAGCCGUCCCUCCAGCGUGGUGAGCGAGGACAGCCUCUUCUCCUCCGAUUCCUUCGACCUCCUGGACCUCAGCGCCCAAUCGCGUCGCAGGUUUUUCUCCCGCGGGAGGCGGCACAGCGCCUGCAGCUCCGAGGAAGACCUGGACCGGCCGAGGGCCGAGGAGGACGGAGACGGCGGAGGACCGAAAGACAUGCUCACAUGAGACCGAGGACAUGUGACGAGUUGGGGGUUGAACGCCGGCUCUUCGCUUCACCUUUCAAUGAACUGGAGAACAAGGACUCUGUCGAUGUAGGGCGCCGUGUUCUUGGCGUAUUUGCGUCUGUAUUGAACGAUGAAUGAGCCUUGAACAUCUGCUGCCCCCAAUGGAGAGAAAAGGCUCUCCAGUCCAGUUCAAGUGACGUUACUGUAGAAAAUAAAAGGAGGAGCUUGUUGCUGGUGAGUGUUUUAUUUACUGUGAGCUCAUCGAUACAAAGUCUUGUAAAGUGUUCACGCCAAACGCGACGAGGUUCCAUACAAAGCGAAUGCAAAAACGGGAAAUAUAUACGCGAGGAAACACGAAAUUCACGGCCAGAAUUUGCCUCAUUUCGAAGUUCAAAUAUAUAAUAAAAAGCAAAGAAUCAACGCUUUUUGCUGUGAAACGCUGGGUUGAAGUAUGAUGACCCAGCGCCAUGUUGGAUGUGUACAUCCAUGUAUCAGAUGUCACCAAAAAAAAACACCAACAAUAAAUAUGAAGUGUGUUUCCGUCCACCUGCUUUUUAUGUAAAUAUUUAAAAUUACAACAAAGAAUAUAGUUUUUUUGUUUAGUUUUUUUUUACCUUUGUCCGAGGAGGUUUGAGGUUUGACCGGCGCUCUUUUUUUAAAAACGAAGGGCUAGUGGACGGAAAAGAACUUGAACACAUGAACUCGCUUUUUGUUUGCACACUUUUCUGGUUAAAAGUGGUUAAAAUGUGCGCUUCACUUGGAUGGAAACGGGAGGCUCUUUUGAGAGGAUGAAUUCUGCAAAACGGAAACUGUUUUUCAUUUUAUUUAAAGCCCUUCAUAAGAAACAUUCUUUACACAAGUUUAUUUAUUUGCGGUGUUUGUCAACAAUGAUAACGUCUCCUAUAAAGACACAUUUUAUAUUAACACAACUGUGUUUUACUACGUUUCCACACCACUCGGUUUUUAUUGCCGACAGACACACAAAUAAAUGCUUACGGGGACAUUAUUGUGUGUUGCAAACCAUCCAUCAAAUGUUUUAAAUACACUGUCUUUAAAAGCUAAAUAGGGGGAGUUAGUAUUAAUUAUUAUAUAUUUAUAUAAUACUAUGUAAUUUGCUCCUUUGCCCCGAAUAGAUCGCAUUGCUUUUUAUUGAGACACCACCAGUUAAUUCAAAUGAGGGCAGUAGAUUUGUGGAAUCUGUCAUUUCUGGUUAUUGUGAGAAAAGAAGUUUGUUUUGUUUUAUUUGUUUUAUUUUCUUUUGUUUGUUUCAUACUUUAUUUUUG